AUGGGUAUAGACACUGUUCAACCGACUGAGCCCAAUCUCGGCACAGGCACCCUUUCAAGGCGGCCUUAUGUACCACAGGAACCACCCACAUGUGGUCAGAAAGUGAAGCGAUGGUUCCGAAAAUACUUUUUGGAAGGUCAGUAUUUGGACAAUGAAGCUGAGGCUGAACUGCACACAUUACCGGAAAACCCAACAUUGGAGGACCUUAUCUUCAUCAAAUACCGAAAAUUCGUUGCCAUGCUCAUUCCCUUCGUGCUCAUGCAGGUGAAUAGUCACAUAAAUCAAUAUUUCUCAUCGAUUCCAUUCAAUAAGUGUGUUGAAGACCGUUUGGUGGAUGGUCGCCAUCCGACACAACUUCUUCCGAUGGUAUCCAGAAUACUGGCACAUGCCCGUGACAAUGAUCCUUGGCUCCUUCGUUGGAGGAAUAACUUCAGAAGGAAGUGGUGCAGUAGCGUUCCCCGUGAUGACUUUGGCACUACAUAUUUCCCCAGAGAUAGCCAGGGACUUUUCACUGAUGAUUCAGUCAUGCGGUAUGACAUCGGCUCUGAUAUGUGUACUGUUCAUGAAGGUGAAGAUCGAAAACCGUGCUGUCAUACUCGGCACACUUGGGGGGAUUCCCGGCUUCAUAAUCGGAGUACAUUUUAUAGAUCCGCUCUUCACUGGACCACAGAAGAAGAUGAUGUUCGUUGCAAUUUGGACAUCCUUCGCUAUAGCUCUGGCAAUCUGAACUCUCAGAAAAAACGCACCACAUUCAAGGAUAUCCCUGACUUUUGCUGGUGGAAAGCUGUAAUACUCUUCUUUACAGGAUUCGUUGGAGGAGUGUUCGACUCUUUCGCUGGUUCUGGAGUGGAUAUUUGCAUCUUCUCCAUCCUCACUCUAUUGUUUCGAGUAACUGAAAAGACGGCCACACCCACUACUGUCGUACUGAAAGGCGUGAAUGCCGUCAUUGGCUUCUUCUACCGAGCCGCAAUGAUGGGUGAUAUUUCGCCAAUGGCAUGGACGUAUUUUGCCCUUUCUGUGCCUGUGUCGUCAAUAGCCGGCCCUGUGGGCAGCUUCCUUGGAUCGCAUCUUCAUAGACAGGUAAUCGCUGGGUUCGUGUACAUUCUUGAAAUUGCUGCUUUGACCGGUUUCCUGUGCACGAAACCUACAUGGCAACUGAUUGCAGUGGGAGGAUGCAUCAUUUUUGGCGGCUUCGUCUUCUUCACGUUCAUCUCUAAAGCAGGAGCGAAUCUGAUGGAGACCGUUGAAAAGAAGCAAGAGAAGGAACGGCGAGAGGCCGGAAAUGUCUGA